CGCACUAGGAGCUUGGAAAACAUCCCGUCGUUCACCUUACUAACGGCAGUUAGAUAGGAAGAUGGUCGUCCACGUGCACUAUUGUUUUCCAGCGUACUCGGUGCCCUCACCUCUCCUCUACACCUCUGCCAUCACUCCACGCAGCUCUUCGCCACCGCCGCGGGUCCCCAUGACAACCCCACCCGAGGACGAUCCCUUUCCGCUGCCUCCCGGCCCCAACCCGGGCCCGGACAGCCACACUCGCCUGUCAAGUGACAACUCCACCUGCCCUGAGCUCUACUCUCCUCGCUCCCGAGCGACGAUCCGGGAACCCUCCCGACGCGCGGGCCCACUCCCAGACUAGGGUAAAACCCUCGCCAGUCGGGAAUGUGCGGAGGGGGCGGCGGGGGAAGGAGCUUAAGACGUUCCACUCCAACCCCCAAACGAGGGGUGCGAGGGCCUGGGCGCGACCCCCAAACGGGUUGCGGCGGCCCUGAACACCGAAACUAAGCGGCUGAGGGGAGCCGAGGGGCAGGCUCAGGGGGCGCGAAAGAACUUGUCGUUUUCACAAACAACGACGCGUCGAGGCGGCAGGAGACUGCU